CGCAGGCGCGGAUCCUCCCGGCGGGCUUUGCGGCGACAGCCAUGGCGACGACGGCGGGCCUUCCCAGCCCAGCCGCCGGACCGGCCGCCCGGGACGUCUUCGCCGAGGGGCUGCUGGAGUUUCUGCGGCCGGCCGUGGGGCAGCUGGACGCCCACGUCCACGCCGUCCGGGAGAGCCAAGUGGAGCUGCGGGAGAACAUCGACAGCCUGGCUGCGGAGCUCUGCCGGAUCAAUGAGGACCAGAAAGUCGCCUUGGAUUUGGAUCCCUACGUCAAGAAGCUGCUCAACGCCCGGCGUAGAGUUGUCCUGGUGAACAACAUCCUGCAGAACGCCCAGGAACGCCUGAGGAGGCUGAACCACAGCGUGGGUAAAGAGACUGCCCGGAGGAAGGCCUUCCUGGAUGCCAGUAGCAACUACCCCCAUAGCUCUCCCAGCAAGUGAAAAGGGGGUGGUGGUGCUGAAGGCAAAAAUAAUAAUAAUAAAAACAAUAAUCCGAGCUUGUAGCUGCUUUACAGGCACCCACAAACUCCCGAGCAAAUCUGGAAAGAGACCAAAAUUGGGGGUUUUUGGGGGGUGCAGCCCAGAGAGAGGAAUUUGGCUGGGCUAAUUUUGGAACCCGUGUUUAAAGCGGCGAGGAAAAAUGGAAAUCUUUUGAGUCGCCAGUGUGUUUAAAAAUGGAAAUAUUUUGAAUCGCAGUGUGUUUAAAAAUGGAAAUAUAUUGAGUCGCCAGUAUGUUUAGAAUUAUAGAAUGGAAGGAUGACUCCCUUAAUAGGAGCGGAAGAAUAAUAAACAAUAACCUGAAAGUUUGAACCUUGA